UGUUCAGCGCAACAGAAAGUGAGUGAAUAUGGCAGUCGCCUAAGCUCAAUAACUUAAAAUAAGCCGGCAGACCACGUUCUGCGUCCGAUUGUCAGUACUCAUUAGCAGGGCAGAUAUCUGGAUGUAUGAUCGUACAUGUAUGAUCGUAAAUAUUAGUCAUGAUGAUUUGAACGGACUUUAGUUGAAGGUCGAUAAGAAGUGUACGACUUGUUUUCAGUUUCACAGCUUCACAAAAGUGAUUCCUAACGGGCCAGAGAAGGUAACUAAAAAGCUAGUAGUAGCAUGCUAGCUGGCUGGCUUCUAGCUAUUUUCAUAUCAAGCGAGUAUCGACGGUAACAAGCCAGUGAAGUUAGAAGUCGCAUCGAUGCUAUAACUAAACUAAAGCCGCUUGUUAGGUUUGUGUUAUUGCCGCCAGUCCAUUUCGUUAUGCCAAUUAUUUUAUCUGGAAGAAAUGGCUUUUAGGCUGAACGCUUUUAAAGUUGGACGACAGGUCGUAAAGUCCAUCUGUUUUGGAGAAAGGAUUCCACACAGAUGUUUGUCAUCGACAGUUCCACGUCAUCAUAAUCAUGGCCAGCCCUCAUUUGGACUGCUGUUUGACAUCGAUGGGGUUUUGGUCCGUGGCAAGACGCCUAUUCCUGCUGCCAAGCAAUGCUUCCAGAACUUGGUGGACAGGAACGGAAAGUACAGGGUUCCUGUGGUCUUUGUGACCAACGCCGGGAACUGCGUAAGGCAGACCAAGGCUGAGCAGCUGUCUGACCUGCUGGAGGUAGAGGUGUCUCCAGACCAGGUUAUGCUGUCGCACAGUCCCUUGCGAGUCUUCAGUCAGUUCCACAACAUGUGUGUGCUGGUGUCAGGGCAAGGCCCGGUGCUGGAAGUGGCCCAAAAUCUUGGGUUCCAAAAUGUGGUCACCAUUGAUAUGCUGCGGGAAGCCUACCCUCUCCUGGAUGUUGUGGACCACCAUCGCAGACCCAAAGACAUGGUGACUCAAACUGAGGCCUUGCCUCCCAUUGAAGCUGUGGUUCUUGUUGGGGAGCCAGUCAGAUGGGAGACCAACCUACAACUUAUUGUGGAUGUGCUUCUGACCAAUGGGAAACCAGGGGAGGCUGUGACAUCGCUGAACUACCCCCACAUCCCUGUGCUGGCUUGUAACAUGGACCUCAUGUGGAUGGCUGAGGCCAAGAACCCCAGGUUUGGUCAUGGAAUGUUCCUUGUGUGUCUGGAGAACAUCUACAAGAAGAUCACAGGGUGCGAACUGAAGUACGAGGCUCUGAUUGGGAAGCCGAGCGUGGUCACGUACAACUACGCAGAGCUGCUGGUCCAGCAGCAGGCAGAGAGUCUGGGCUGGACGGAGCCAGUGGAAAGGCUGUACGCCAUUGGGGACAACCCUAUGGCAGAUAUCUACGGUGCCAACCUGUACAACCGGUACCUGGCCUCACAGCAGACCCAGAGACAGGCUCAGAUGAAGGGUGGCCUGGGGCAGGCUGGAGCGCUGCCAAAGCAAGAGGCGGUGGAGGAGGAGGUAGGGGUGUCGAAAGACGUGGGCGGCAGGGUCCUGUGCGGGGAAGGCUGUCCGCCCAAGGCGUGUCACUCCAUCCUGGUGUGCACCGGCGUCUACAACCACGACCAGCGGGACCUGCCCCCCGACCCUCUGCAGACCGUGACGGAGCGCAUAUUCCACGGCCACCGCGACUUCCGCUUCGACCCCAGCCUCAUACAGCCAUCCUUCGUGGUGCACGACGUCCGCGAGGCGGUGGAGCUGGUCUUUCAGCAGGAGGGCCGUCCUCUGGAAUAGAGUCCACCGCUCGGUACCUCCCGGCGGUGGAGCGCAGUCACCCGGGCAGCCUGACCACCAGCCACUGUGCUGAUGGUCAAAUCCUCAACCUCGCCCACACCAACACCUUAAUCUAACAGCAUUUUGCGUUUGCGUACUGGGAUACCUCUGACUGCUAUCUUUUUUUAAAUCUUUUUUUUUUUUUUUUUUAAGUGGUUUUAUUUUUAGUGCUAUGCUUACAUUUUAUCAGCACUUUUAUGUUCUGAUUCAAGUAUGUUUUAAGCAGUAUUUUGUCUGCCACUUAUUUUGCCCAAGGAAAUUCAGUGCUACCUCUCGUAUGGGGCAAGUUCCAGCUGCCUUCUCACUUGUAGGCUCACUUCUCUACGAGCUUGUGAGGGAGGAAUGUCUUGACUCACUCAGCUGUUACCUUCCAACAGGUCUGCAAAUAUACAGACCUCUUAUCGAGAGAGCAAAACCUAACUGUCUAUAAUGGGGGAGACAGCAUGUUAAAUAUAGAUAUGAUAUACACAUAUGCACAGUAGACAAUUGCCUUAUAUUGUGUCUUCCAUCAGCCUUUUUUGUACAUUAUGUACAUUAAUUAUCUAUAGCUUAUAGUAUUAUGCAAAAUGUCCUCUUUUGGAAAACAAUGACUUGGCUGAGUAAAAUACAGAUAAUGCAUAUGCACCAGCUGCCAUAAUAACUUGUAGUUAUUAUAAUAGUAAUGCCAAUGGGCUGAUUGUUUGCUCCAAAAAUCGAUUUGUCGAUGUAUGGGAUGGCAAACUAACUAGGCAUAUAGGCUCAUAGGUUUUCUUUGUUUGGUUUUCUGUGUUUUGUGGUACAGAAAGGUUUUCUUUUGCCUUACAACAGUCUAGGUGCUUAACACGGAAAGAUUUUUUUCUGUUGUUAUUAUUCUCAAUGUGAUGAAAUGGGAAUAAUCAGGACUGGGAAUGUAUCAGUUUGUCCCAGAGAAAUGGCUUUAAACUUCCUGCACUAUUUAACUCGGCCAGUGAUGUUGGUUGAACCUCAGUGGACACAUUGCUUUCAGUGUCCAUACCAUAAACCCCCCCCAUUAUAGAUUUGAUCUGUAUCAGUCCUGUUGUGUCAGGGUAAGGUCCCAUGGUCUUGUUAUUUUUCCAGCUGAUGGCCCUUACCAUUUUACUGGAAAAUGUCAGCUCCAUGAUACCCAAUAAGAAUUGAUUAAGUGAAUAUGACCUCACAGGAGAUUAGUCCAUAAGCAAGGGACGCUGACCCUGUCCUUGAAAAGGAUUAGAAUUUGCCUCUUUAGAAAUUCAUAUUGGAUCCUUUGACACACAGAGAAACGUUGCAGGUUUUAACAAUUGCAUGUCAUUUCAACAAGUGCAAUUGGUGAAGGGCUAUUUAUGUAAUUUGAGUAUGGUAAUGUCAUUUAUUUGUAGUUUUUACUAUUUCUGUUUCUAAAUUGAUUAUAGCGUUUUUUGAUACUUUGUUGGCAACUUCCAGGGAUAUGUUUACCCAAGGUAACUUUUAAUAUCAUGUAAAAUUUGAGGCAUGUUCAAGAUUUUUUGAGUUAUGCUUUGAAAGGCAAGUGCCUCAUUUAGAGAACAAGCUAUGUCUGUGGUUGUGAAAGACAAACUCCUUCCAGGUAUACCAAAAACAAAUAAUAUGAUCAAAACCAUGAAUGCAAGAAGAAACUUUAGCAGUAAACAUCCACAGGGUUUUGCAUUUACAUUGAUGCCUGUCUCCUAAAUACAUUUUAGGAGACAGGCUCCCUUUUACAUUUCCUUCUAUUGUGGGUCUGCCUUUGGAGUGUGCAAAUAGGAUAUGAUAUGAAGGGCAGACCUGGGUGAAACGGGUUUUAAAAACUUUGAUUUGGGAUGCUGAUGAAAUGUUAGAACACUCCUGCAGAGUCUUGAGACAAAACAUGUUACUUAACGAAACAAAAGAAUGUUGAUGCUGAUGAAAGUCGACGUUUCUUUUACAUUCUGCAGGAUUGUACUGGUUUAUGGGUUAAACAUUUCAUCAGUAUUUCACAUAGGUUGGAUGGAGGUAUGUGGUUUUAUAGGCAUUGUAAAAAUGCUUUCCAUAUUUCCAUAUCGUUGUUUAAGCAAUGGUAGCAAAUAAAAUGACUUUCCAGUGUUUGCUGUUCUGUUUCAUGUAUGGAAAGUGUUUAUUGUAUUGACUCCUUUUACUGCCUGUCAUUGUAACUGCUGAGAUGCGUCUGACUCCUGAGCAUUUAUUUCACUGUAGACAAUGGUGAAUUCGCAAUCGAAAAGAUGCAUUGAAAAAUAGAACAACAAUGCCAGUUACAGGUAAAGAAACCACGGACUCGAAGGAUAGCUGGUCUAGAAAACUGGAAAUGGAUUUAGCGCUUCAUGUUGGCAUUUCUAUGAUUUAAACAUGGGUUGUGCCGUGUCCAUAAAAUAAUUUACAUGAACAAUGCUCUAAGCUACAGAUCUUGUUUGUGUUGAUAUAUUGCAUUAGAUAUGUCAGACUAGCAUAUUGCUGCCAAAUAAUGGCCACUGCAGUUACUGUUGGUCUCUUGUUCUUCAGAACGUGUUCAUUUAAGAUAAUUGGGUGGCAUAAGGCUUCAAAUAAAAAUUAUGGACUUA